UGAUGUAGUCCGAUGAGGCACGGUCGUCGUAAACGACCAACAUGGCGGCGCCGAAUAGGAAGCAGCUGUUGAGGUUUCUCAGCCAGUUUGGUGCUUUUAUUUUGACCCGCUUUGGAUUCUGGAACUGCUUCUGUAUGCUAAUGCUGUUUGCCGAACGAGCCGACUCCAAAAGGAAGCCAGACAUCCCUGUGCCGUACCUGUACGUGGACAUGGGGGCGGCGGUGCUCUGCGCCAGCUUCAUGUCGUUUGGAGUGAAGAGGCGUUGGUUUGCCAUGGUUGCCGCCAUCCAGGUAGCGGUCAGCACAUACGCAUCCUACAUUGGGGCACAGGUGCACUACGGCGACUGGCUUAAGGUGCGCAUGUACUCCCGAGCGCUCGCCAUCAUCGGGGGCUUCCUUGUUCUGGCCAGUGGGGCGGGAGAGGUUUACCGGAGGAAAGCUCGCAGCAGGUCCCUGCAGUCCACCGGACAAAUCUUCCUGGGAGUCUAUCUCAUCUGUGUGGCGUACUCGUUGCAGCACAGCAAAGAGGACCGCCUGGCCUACUUGAACCACCUACCAGGCGGCGAGGUGGCACUGACGCUGCUGGCUGCGGCAUUGGGCGCGCUGGCUGUGGCCUUCCUGUCUGGGCGCUACGUGCGCACGGCGGCACAAAUCCUCGCCACGGCCCUGCCAUUGGUCGUGCUGCUUAUCGACGGCAACCUGGGCUACUGGCACCACACGCGCAAGGUGGAAUUCUGGAACCAGAUGAAACUCAUCGGGCACAACGUGGGAAUUUUCGGCGCAGUGCUCAUCCUGGCGACGGAUGCCUAGGAGAUCAUCCGCUGGGAAAAAGGAAAAAAAAAAACUGUCCACAUGCUGUCCCCGAAGCCUUCUGGUGCAGUCCUACAUCUUCGGGGUUAAAUUAGUCUGAAAGGGAAACUCCAAGAUGAUUGAUGCUCUGUAACAGCACCCUUAACACUAUUUGUUUUUUUUUUCUUUGCAAGCUUUUGAUGUAAAUAUAUCCUUUUAUACAUUUGCAUUGUCAUUUUGAUGUCAUUAAAAUGAUAUGAUCUUAUAAA